AUGGAAGAUCAUCUAGGGAAAAGAAUGAAGUCCUCAUGCGACAGAUUAUCCGAGUUGCCAAAAUCCAUUUUGCACAAUAUACUCUGUUUCCUUCCCCAAGAGCACGCCGUCCAAACUUGCGCCCUAUCCAAAUCAUGGCGCGAUAUUGGCUGCACUCGCCCCAAAAUCGAGUUUCACCAUGACCCUUAUGAAGGGGAUGCUCCCUUCAAAAGGGAUGAGGACAAGUUCUUGCUGGUUUUGAACAAGACGCUACAAGGUUACCAUGACCGAGGGCUUUCCGUACAGGAUUUUCUUGUCGAAAUAUGCAGGUUUGGUCCUAAAAUCAUUUCCCUGCUUGAAAAAUGGAUCCCCAUAGUCCUGCUGAAUAUGGGCGUAAAAAGGUUCCAUCUUGAAUUCUUCUCUGACAAAUUCGAUAUGCCGUCUGUCCUCUUGGAAACCAAAUCCCUCGAGGAACUGCAUCUUGGGCACUGCCGAAUUACUUAUCCAGACAAGUUACUUUCUACGAAACUACGAAUUCUUUCGCUCGACUUCGUAGAUAUUGGAGAUGAAGCUUUGCGUCAGAUAAUGUCGGGCUGCCCCUUGAUGGAACAUGUGAGUCUUUGUGGCUGUCAAGGUCUCACAUCCAUUAAGGCUCAUAAUAGUAAUCUCAAGCACUUUGAAUACAUUGAUCCUCAAGGUGAUAAUGUCGUCAUAGACAUUGAUGCACCGAGUUUAGAGAGCAUCAGAAUUAUGAGUCAAUCGAGAUGGCUUUACCUUGGUAAGUCCUUCAUGCAUCUCAAGUCCGUUCAUCUCGAGUAUCUCGUCCUCAACCAGAAGUUUUUUGAUAUGUGCUCAGCCGACUUGUGCUGUCUUGAGGAUUUGGAAAUGCACUCUUGCAGUGGCCUUGAAGAAUUCCAGCUCUCGAGCCGCUCGAUUAAACGAUUGCGUUUUCGGGUGGGGAGCCCCACCAAGGCCGUUCUUGACCUCCCAAAUAUACUUUUUCUCCAGUUGGAUUGCAUAGUUUUCCCGUCAAUCUCGUUGUCAACAGAUUCCAGUGAGUGGAGGUCGGAGAUUCACUUGAUGCGUCCUCUUAUUCCCAAUAAUGAUAAUGAAGCUGCAUCGUUUUUUGAUAAGUUACAUGAACUGCACAGGGCAUUGGGACAUUCUCGAAUUUCUAUGCACAUGAGAGUUUUUAAUCUGGAUUUAGCAUUCAGUCAUGAGGGUCUUGGAGAACUUCCCGUGAUCGAGAGCUUGACUGUAGAGAAAGAUUUUACUUUAUUUUACCUAAAGGCUUUUUUCAUUUAUUUUUUUGGUAAAUUCCGUCCGAGAUAUGUAGAACAGUCUGUGGAUGCCGUUUUCGAGACUGAAGAGUAUGAAGAGGAACCAGACCCCUAUGAUGAAGAAGAGUAUGAAGAGGAACCAGACCCCUAUGAUGAAGAAGAGUAUGAACCUCCACGUCCAGUUUCGGUGACUAAAAAGUAUGGAGGAGUCAAUGAACUCGUUGAUCGUUUGUGCGAUAUGUUUUUGAUGGAGAGUGAAAGGGAGAAUUACUAUUGGUGGCAGGAUUUAGAGGAAGUAAGCGUGGAGGCCCAUGACGAUGAUGGAAAGAAAUGGCGUCCUUUGCAAGGAGCGAAUAUAUCUGAAUGGGGGUUGCCGAACAAUGUGGAUCAUCAGAUUCGCUUUCGACUAAAAUGGAGAGGGUCAAGUCUUGACUGA